AUGCGUGUUCAGAACCUCAUUCUUCUCGGCUUCCAGGGGCUGGCUUUGGGUAACCCUUUGCCUCAAGGCACUGGCAACGGUGCGGACUCUUGCCCUUCAGAUCCCUUGAACAAGGCUACUUGGACCAAAGCCGGAGUCGACGCAUUCCUUGUCGAAGCGGCCAAGAACUACACAAAAACAGAUGUAAACAAUAUUCAAUCACUCACAGACUCGUGGGGCGCGCCAAACUUCUUUUGUGGCAUUGACAAGUUCUGCAAUGCUGGCAACCCGUGCUUGCCCAUUACCUUGCCGGCCUGGUACGCGGCCCUUGCAAUUCAAAACUGGAACAACUACAUGAACAACCUCAACACUGCCGUUUCGUUCGCUUCGUCCAUCAUAUCCCUUAAGCUCGGCGAGAUCGUCGCAGACCUCAUGCCCGCCCCCGUCGACGACGCGACGCCCCAGAGAACCAUUUUUCAAAUCAUGACCGCGAUUAUCGGCGUCGUUCCCUUCGCCGGACCACUGGGCACUCUUCAAGGCACCGCCACCAACGGACUCGGUUUCCUCGUUGGACGUUCUAUUCCGCCAGUCGCAGGUGACAAGUUCCUCGCCUGGUCCAACGCUGCCAGCUCCAUGGCUGAAGUCGCCCGCGCCUUCCAGUCAGCCAUCAACACAGCCACGGAAAAAAUCAUCAACACGCCCGUCGAUGACCCCAACGACGGAAUCCUGAGCGUGAUCAAGGACGGCGCCUUCAUUGGCGUUGCGCAGAACUUCACCCAGGCUCAAAUGCAGGACCUUGUCAUCGAAAGCCUUACGCAAACUGCUAUUGGCAAGGCGCUGCAGGCGCAGAAAUACUUCAUCUUGCGCACAAGUAACAUCGACGACGGAAAGUGCAAGACCAACGAUCGGAAAAAUCAGAUGUGCACCCAGAACACCAACGAUAAGAAAUGGGUCUCCCGAACGCUGCUCAGGCGCGAGGGCGAUCGCACCACGGAUGGAGAGACGGCUGCCGGCGUGCUCAUGGACAAAUACAAGAUGAGCCAGGAGUAUUUCCUCAAGGGCCCGACCGACUGCUUCGACGGAAACAACAAGAAGCAGCUGCAGGACCCGAUUGAGCUCGUUGGAGCGCUGCCAUCCAACCCCACGGCUCCAUGUGUCUUCAACCUGAUCGUGUGCGAUGUCGAUGCCUGGGCGGACCCAUUCGGCCAGACGAGCAUCGCCGAGGCUUGCAAGAGCGUUAUCUCAUAA